ACGUCUCAUUACAAAGAGAGUACACGUCUUGAGUUUCGGCUCCUCAACACUGCAGCAACAAUGGCAAUAAAAUCACAACAAAACAGCCAAAAAGCAGUAAUAAUAAUGAUAAAUAGUGUGUGAUGUAUGUAAGGAGCUGUGUGCGCGUGUGUGUGUGUGGGGGGGGCAGUUCAGGUGGUGUCAUCUGGGUGAAUGGCGUACAAAUAGGGAAUGGGGGGGCCCCAUAAUUUGCCCAAUUUUGGAACUAGGAAGAAAAAUGAAUGGGCUUGAUUUAUACGGUAUAGCAAACAGCUCCAUGUUAGCUGCCAAAUGGAGACAAAAUUAGGAAAUCACUCGGUUAUUUUCCCCACUAAUGCAGCAGUUUGGCUGGUGGAUCCAGUGUUUUUCCAGUCAUGUCUGUGAGGGAAUCCUUUAACCCAGAGAGCUAUGAGCUGGACAAGAAUUUCAGGCUCACACGCUUUGCUGAGCUCAAGGGCACAGGCUGCAAGGUGCCACAAGAAGUGUUGCAGAAGCUGCUAGAAACCUUACAGGAGAACCACUAUCAGGAAGAUGACCAGUUCCUCGGAGCAGUUAUGCCUCGACUGGGCAUUGGUAUGGACACUUGUGUCAUCCCACUCAGACAUGGAGGCCUUUCACUAGUCCAGACAACAGACUACAUUUACCCCAUAGUGGAUGACCCCUACAUGAUGGGUCGAAUUGCUUGUGCCAAUGUUCUAAGUGACCUAUAUGCCAUGGGAGUGACAGAAUGUGACAACAUGCUAAUGCUUCUGGGAGUCAGCAAUAAAAUGUCAGAGAAGGAGAGGGACAAAGUGAUGCCGCUGAUCAUCCAGGGCUUCAAAGAUGCUUCAGAGGAAGCAGGGACAUCUGUAACAGGAGGACAGACGGUACUUAACCCCUGGGUCGUAAUGGGGGGAGUGGCUACCACAGUCUGCCAACCCAACGAGUUCAUCAUGCCAGAAAACGCAGUGCCGGGGGACGUGUUGGUGCUGACCAAGCCCCUGGGUACUCAGGUGGCCGUUGCAGUGCAUCAGUGGCUAGAUAUCCCGGAGAAGUGGAAUAAGAUCAAGCUGGUGGUCACCCAGGAGGACGUAGAGCUGGCCUACCACGAGGCCAUGAUGAACAUGGCUCGGCUCAACAGGACAGCGGCCGGUCUCAUGCACACCUUCAACGCCCAUGCGGCCACCGAUAUCACAGGAUUUGGAAUCCUUGGCCAUGCUCAGACGCUGGCACGACAGCAGCGAAGUGAGGUGUCAUUCGUUAUCCACAACCUCCCUGUGCUAGCCAAGAUGGCUGCCGUCUCGAAGGCCUGUGGGAACAUGUUUGGACUCAUGCAUGGCACCUGCCCUGAAACAUCAGGUGGCCUGCUUAUUUGUCUUCCCCGGGAGCAGGCUGCCCGCUUCUGUGCUGAGAUCAAGUCCCCCAAGUACGGCGAGGGCCACCAGGCGUGGAUCAUUGGCAUCGUGGAGAAAGGAAACCGCUCCGCUCGCAUCAUCGACAAACCACGGAUCAUAGAAGUGACGCCUCAAGCCGCCACCCAGAACGUCAACCCCACCCCCGGCGCGACCUCUUAACUGUCCCUUCACCACGUCGUUGACCGGAAACCCGAGAGCUCUCGUCCGAGAGCUUUUAGACACAUAAACUAGAAAACCAUCCUAGAGUGUUUGAAUAUAUACACAUAACAGUAUGUAUACAGAAAAGACUGGGUUGGCGUGUAUCUACAUGAAAAAAUGCCCCAGACAGUGGCUUAAGGGGCAUCUACCCAAGAGACUCAACCUGUACACAUGACAAUUGGUAAGAAAAAGAUCUGACGUAAAACCUCCAUAUGCCUUUUGUGUCUAAUGUGUUCUGUUAUGUUAGCUGAAAAUACGCUUGAUUGCCAGGCAGGUUCUUACUCGGUGAUGAUGAAGAGGAUGAUCUGAUACUGUUGAUUCAUUUUGAAUCUUGCGUCUGGUGUGUCGACUGCCUCAUGUUUUGUUUUUAAAAAAAAUGCUCUCAUCAAGCACGUGGUUUGUGUGACAGCAUUUGUGUUUGUUCGUUCAUUUUGUACAGUUCUGAAGCCUAGAUUUAGUUCAAUACUGUAACCGUUGCCUUGAAAGAGUUUGGAAAGUGUGACCAGAACAGGUUGCUUUUUUUACUUUGACUUUUUGUACCCCCCAGCCCUCAACUAAUAAAUAUCCAGU